UCCCCGUUUCCAGGUAUAUAAAGUGGGGAGCGCUCCCACCGACGGCCAAUGCGCACGGAGAGCAGUGUCCUCGCUGCAGACGGACGUGGAGGCGGCGAUGAGACUCCCGCUGGCUUUGGCCGUGCUCCUGCUGGCCUCGGCGCAGUCGCUGGCUGAGGAGAUAGGCACCGCCGACGACCUCAGCUACUGGUCCGACUGGUCCGACGGCGACCCGGUGAAGGAGGAGCUGUCGCUGCCCCUGGAGCAUUUCCUGCAGAGGAUGGCCCGGAGACCCCGGCCCCAGCAGUUCUUCGGCCUCAUGGGCAAGCGGGAUGCCGGGCAUAAAACAGACUCUUUUGUUGGACUUAUGGGCAAAAGGUCUUUAAAUUCUGGAUCCUCUGAAAGGAGCACAGCACAGAGCUAUGAACGGAGGCGCAAAUGAGACAUUCCCGUGCAUUAUUUAUUACCACUUUAUUUGUUCCAAUGGCCAAUGCAGUGUAAUAUAAACGAACCACCAUACAGAAUAAUUAUUUAUUUAAUAACAACCAAGGGAGCUGGGCUUGGUUUGUUGGGGUUUUGGUUUGGUUGGGGUUUGGGUUUGGGUUUGGUUUUGAGUUGUACCUUCAAUAAAAUGAUUAUUUUUCAUAUUGUGGCAGUGAUACCUGUUGUGUAGGUGAGUUGUGGUUCUGAACGGACCCUGGUGACGUCUCACAACAAAGCACAUUGUUUGAUAGAACUCGUAAAGUUCCCUUCACUAUACAAAGAAAAAGCUUCUUUUCUUCAUGGAAAACCAGUCUGUCAGCUUCACAGCCAGCGCAGAACAGAGCUGAUGUACAGUCUAGUGCCUCAAUUUGUUUUCCUGGUUUCUAAUGUACUGUAAUUCCCGUAUCCCAAAAUAUAUUUGUAUCAUUGCAGCAUGUUUUAUGUUUUGUGACUACGUAUCUAUAUCUAUUUAAAAAAAAUGGGGUGGGCAAGGCUGGAGUGGGAACCUGAGGUCUUCAUUUCAUAGUCUGGAAUUUUAUGACAGCAACAUUUUAAAUAAAAACUACC